AUGUCUGCGGGGAAGUUGAUGUUGGAAGAGAAAGGGAAGAAGGCGGAAGGGGAGCAGGACAAGACGGGCGGCAAGGGUAAGCCGGCGAAGAAGAAGGAGAAGGCGGAGGAGGAGGACGAGGACGGCGGCGAGGGAGAUAAAGAGCAUGGACGCAGGGGUCAUGGCAUCCGCCGAGACAAGGCUGGCGACGGGCAAGGGUGGGUGGGCGAGAUUAAGGUAAACGGACAGAAUCGGUACAUCGGCAAGUCGAGGGAGAAGAUGGAGCUGGCCUACGAGCACGCGAUUGCGUUCGUCGUCUACGACGGCUACGUGAGCAAGGUGCUCAUGAAGGAGCUCACCGUCUUGAAGCUGGGGGAGUUGGAUAAAUGGAAGGAGGUGUGGGCGGAGGUCAAGUUCUUGCCGACGGGGAUGUGGACGGUGAUGUGGGCAAGAGGCUUGUGCCAUCCGAGAGCACGGUUCGACGACAUACUCGGCAGGUACCGUGGGUACGCGAGUUCGGGUGAUGCGCUUCAUGACGUGCUCUGGCCGGCGAUCUGGUUCCCCAUCAUCGAGGACACAGAGGAAGGCAAGGAAGAGACGGACGCUCUCAUGUCGGCGAUGGUAAAUCGCGUGUCGAUGUGCGCGGCGUAUGGGAAGGUCGCGGCGAGCGCGGCGUUUGGGAAGGUCGAUGCGAGCGUGGAGGGGAAGGCGGACGAGAAGACGGAGAUGGGGGCCCAGGCGUUAGCGGCAUCGGCAUGCGCCAUCUGGUGCUUCUUGGAGACGGGGGCGUCGGUGCUCGGUGCUGUGGGCGAAGGGAAGGCGGCGGCGAUGGUGGCAGGUGUGGGGGAGGCGAGGGCCGAGGACUUCAAGGAGGUGAUGCACGCGGUGAUCGACAUAGCACGCACUAGGCAGGCUCCCGCUGGGGAGGUUGCACAUAACGUCGCACCAUCGCUGCAGAGCCAGGCAGUGGCCAGGGCCUUCGUGAAGGGAGUUGAGGAAGUCGAGGCCGACAUGAUCGCAAGAGCGACGGUCGAGACCUUGGCGUUCUGGGGAAUGUGUCCCGUCGCCGGGCCCAAGCUCAAAGCGCAGGGCAUCGAUGUGCUGUGUGAAGCGAGGAUGGAGUACGAUAUGGAUCACAGGGGGAGGAAGGGGGAGAAGGUCAAGCAGAGCAAGGGCAGCAGCAAGAGGAAGAAGGGCAAGCAGGGCAAGGGCAGUACGGAUGCGUAG